AUUAGAUCUUUGGAAGAGCAGGUAGACUGCUGUUUGACAAAAGUGGUGAAGGCAUCAUAAUUACUUCAUGAAUAGCCCUCUCCCUUUCCAUCUUCAUCUCCAAAAUUCACAAGAAAUAGAAACCCUACUUAUUUCUUUACCAUCCCUCAUUAUCUUCCCCGAUCUUUUGAUGCGACGAUCGCAUGCCCGCAGUCGGACUCGACUCAAAACGCGAUCCCCUAAUUUCUUCCCUCGGAACUCCAAACAAAGUUGAACGAGCACCCCAUCGAUCGUGGUCGCAGCUGUGGCAGUAUUUCUAUCUUGCUCUGGUUUUAUCUAUUCGUAUUCACUACGAGGACCCCGAGAAGCAUCGGAUUAUUAUGGACGGUGGUAGUACAGGGGCCAGGAGGGUUAUUCUGGGAUUGUCAGCGAACGCGAGUGAUCCGAAGUCGGCACGACUGUCGAUUAUAGGGCUUCUGGAAUUCGGGAAGGGUACUGUGCCAAAGGAGCUAUGGGCAGAGACAGAAAUAAGGUUGAUGGCAACUGCUGGGUUGCGACUGCUGGAUAUAGGGCGUGCAGGAUGAAAUUCUGGAAUCCUGUAGACGUGUUUUAAGGGCAUCUGGGUUUAAGUUCCAUGAUGAUUGGCUGUCGGUGUUACAGGUAUUUUACUGUAUGACCUACCGUUCUUUGUUGUAUCUUAUCUAUUUGUAGUUAACUUUGUCCAAGAGGAAGGUAGAGAAUGUACCGUGGUUUGAGCAAAUAUUUUUACACAAAGUGGAAAAGAUGGACGUUUCAAAGGAUUUUGCCAUGUGUUGUCAGCUGGUGGAACUUUGAUGAAUAGAAGACUCAAAAGAGA